UCUCGAUCUCUCUCUCUAUAGCCCAUUGAAACCAUCUCUCUCUCUAACCCAUUCAGACUCUCUCUCUCUCUAACAGGGACAUCAUCAUAUAACCUAGUGAAACCACGUCUCUCUCUCAACUGGUGGAGGUGAUAAUGGCGGCCAUGACUCUGUUUCCCGAUGACAAUGCCCUAGACGAUGCAGAGCUAUGGGCCGUCAUAGACUCAGCAGUUGUUUCUCACUCUGCCUCUAAAUCGAACCAGAGUAAAACCCUGGCUCUGGUGGGCAAUCCCACUAAUCUCCGUAAUCUUACUCCCAAAACCCGCACUAUACCUUCAAUCUCAUAUCAAUACCAAACGCCUGAGGCCAAAGGCUCAAGGAACUCUAGAUUCAACUACACAGUGGAAGAAGAUCCGAGAGAAGGUGAGGUGCUGCAGGAGCGGUCGAUUCCUCAUCGACCUCGCAAGAUUAUGAGAUCUGAUGCCUAUGGAGGGUUUCAGAGCCCUGGGUCUUUCAAUGGAGGAACUCAGCUGGUUUUUAUUGAGAAGCAACCACACUCAUCGCCUAAUUCAUGCAAAGAUGAUGGAAAGGAGAUUUUUUGUCACAGUUUGAAUGGGGGAUUCCCUUCGGUUUCGCUGUUCAAGCAAUAUCAAAAUGCAGCCAUGGCGAUUCUUGAGAAAAGUGAUUAUACAGUCAUUUCGGGGCAUCCAUUUAUUAAGAAAUCUGGAUGGAGGAAGAUAUCAUUUUUCUUUAAUCUUUCUUUUGAAAUCAAAGAUAAGACCAUUGAGUAUGAUCAGCAUCAAAAUGUUCAGCGUGCAGAAUUUGUUGUUCGAGCAUACAUGCAAGGUGGUAGAUUCUCAGAUGGUUGGGGCUCCUGCGAACGUCGUGAGAAGAAGUUUUUGAAACCAAAUCAUGAUAUUCCAAGUACCGCAGAAACCCGGGCAAAGAAUAAAUCUUGCCAAGAUCUUCUUGGUAUUGGAGAAUACAGGCCAGGAGCUGGGAAUUCUUAGCGGUAGUUGAAAAGUUAAAGCGUGAUUUUGUGAGUUGCUCCUUGCACUGACUUGUAAGUUGUAACAUGUUUGAAGCCAGUCCGUUACAUUAACACCAUUCAUUUCUCUUGAAAGGUUAAUGUCUUAAAUGCUUUCAAUUCAAAUGGUGUUUGGGCGAUUUUAUUUGAGAAUCUGAGAUUGUGAUUUACUUGUAUAAAUAGAGAAAAUUCACAUUGUAAGCCUAUUCCCUUCCCACUUCAAAAGAAACACAAGUAAAUUUGUUGUCACAUUGAAAGAAGUCUGUACUUAAUCUGUUAAAUCCAGUUGAAUCUCA